UCUACAGUUGGGUCACGGCCCACGCAGUGUUCACAGCGUCUGUCAUCGCUGCAGUCGCUCUCGCCGCUACGAACCUUCCUCGAGAGCCGGCUUCCCAGAAAAGCCGUGAGUCUUCAACGUGGAGGUUAAUCGAACCGGGAACACAAACAUUCAGGUUUGAAAUAUUUCCAUGUAUAGAAGACAGUUCGCAAGAUGUCAGAAGAUACCACUGUACCCAAUGAAAAUCUGUUCAUUGCACAGCACUGCCAGGCUGCUGCACGGACUCGUGACGCUGAUUCUAAGGCCCAUCCUAGAGUUGUGGAAGUUCAUUACAUGGCGCAUACGCUACGUGUAUCUGGGUGAAAAAAUAUCUGGUCCCAAAUGCUGGCCGUUAAUAGGGGGAAUUCUCAAUUUUCCUUCAUUCACUACAAAAGGUGUAACAGAUUUUUUAAUGGAACUUCCUCAGAUAUAUGGCUAUGACUUUUCUCCUGGUCGAAUGUUCCUUGGACCUUUGUUAUUUGUUUACACAAACAGUCUAAAAGAUCAUGAGAUGCUUUUAUCUGGAUACAAAUUCUUAGAUAAAGGACUUUUAUACAAGUUUCUUCAACCAUGGUUGGCAACAGGCUUACUCACUUCAACAGGAGAAAAAUGGCGCUCCCGUCGGAAGGCGCUGACGCCCGCCUUCCACUUCAAGAUCAUCGACCAGUUCGUGCCGGUCUUCAACAGCUGCAGCGACGUCUUCGUGCAGCAGAUGCGCGCGCGCGUCGGGGCCAAGGGCUUCGACGUCUAUGAGGACGUCAAACUGUUUACCCUUGACGUCAUCUGCGAGACUGCCAUGGGCUACAAAAUUAAUGCACAGAUAGACAGUAACUCCGAGUAUGUGACCGCAUUGAACGAACUGCUGCGUCUAACCGUUGUAAGGGGUAUGAAGCCAUGGUUGUACUUAGACUGCAUCUAUUUUCUCACACCUUCUGGACGACAGUACACGAAAUGUCUGUCCAUUUUGCACGGUACAACUGACCGGAUGAUUCGCGAGCGGAGAAAGGAUCUGCUAUUGUUGGAGAAAGAAAGCGGAACGCUGGACGUCGAUGAACUAGGGCGGCGGCGGCGCUUGGUGUUUCUGGACCUUCUGAUCUUGAUGGCGCGCGACGGAAGUCUCUCAGACAUGGACAUCCGCGAGGAGGUGGACACCUUCCUCUUCGAGAUCACUCUGGGCAUGAUACUACAGCAGCUGGAAUUGGUUUCACCAUAUUUCAGAUAUCGCGUCACCCUGAGAUCCAAAUCACUAGUAGAUGUGUUUUCAUCCACAGCCCAAACCGUGCUGCCGGAAGGUACGAACAUGUUCAUAACGCCUUUUGGCAUACAUCACAACCCGGACGUGUACCCGGAUCCGGAGAAGUUCGACCCGGAGCGCUUCUCUGCGGACGAGUGUGCACGCCGCCACCCGUACGCCUACGCUUGCCCUUCAGCGCCGGCCCUCGCGAACUGCUUGUAUGUAACCGCACCACACAACCGCAAAGCUGGGGCCUCGGAGGCACUGCGGUCAGCGUUUCGCCAUGCUGGAGAUGAAGAACGUGAUCGCGAAGCUCGUGUGGAACUUCCGAGUGCUGCCGGAGCCCGGGUUCGAGCCCUCGCUGGUGUGGGAGGUCAUCCUCAAGUCGGAGAACGGGCUCUUAAUUCGUCUGGAGGAAAGACAGCGGGAGUCGAACUGAAGACUUCGAGUUGAAGUCUCCAUCCAUC